GAGAGCUCCGCCCCUCCUGCGGGGUGGACCUCGGUCGGCUCCGCUGGCUCCCCGCCUCCUUGCUAGACCCACGGGGACGCUGCGGGAUUUGGCACCAUGUCUGUAUCGAGGCUGGCUCGGUUGCUCGGCUGCGUUCCGGCCACCGCGUGGAGAGCGGCAAGGUCACCCCUCUCAUGUCAUUCUGUGAGGAAAAUGAGUUCUGAAGGAGAAAAAUCCAAACCUAUCAAACAAUCUCUUAAGAAGCCAAAGUUACCAGAAGGUCGUUUUGAUGCACCAGAAGUUUCUAAUUUAGAGAAAGAACCACUGACAAAAUUCCCAGAUGAUAUUAAUCCUGUUACCAAAGAAAAAGGUGGACCCAGAGGCCCAGAACCUACCCGAUACGGAGAUUGGGAACGAAAAGGACGCUGUAUUGAUUUUUAAGACACAUAUAUUAUUAACUUCAGUAUCUUUUUCUGAAUAUGUAGAUCCGAAUUUAUUUCCACUUGUUUGCUUUCUGUAUAUCCUUUAAAUCAUUUAAUUUCUAUAAUGUGUUUAAAAACAUAAAUAAUGCCUUGAAAGAAAAUAUGCUGCUAUAAAGUAAGAAAGGGUAGUUAAAAAAAAAAAAGAAAGGGGAAAUAGUUCUGUAUUAGCACAUUAAUUUUACUUUAAGUAAAUUGGAGUAUAUAAAUGAUGGUUAGAGCUGCAAACUCAUUUCAUCACAUUUCAGUUUAAUCAGCUGCUUACAAAAUGCAAAUGUAAAUAAAACAAGUUUUAAUGAUUUUUAUUGCCACAUGCUAGGUAACAGUGACUUUUUAUGUGUGAGUUAAGUAAUACAUUAUAGUUUGUAAGGCCAUAGUAACAACAGAAAAUCUAACUCAGACCAGAUUACUUGGGUUCAGAUCCUGGCUCUGCUACUUAUUAGCCAUGUGAUCUUGGAAACGUUAUUUAACUUCUCUAUACCUCAGUUAUCUUCAUGUAUAAAUUGGAGUUAAUACUAGUUCUACCUCAUAGGGUAGUGGGAAGAUAUUUAAAUGAGUAAGUACAUGUAAACCACUUGGAACAGUGCGUAGCACAUACUCUCACUGUAAGUGUAGCUGUCCUUCAAUUUUAAAUGUAUUUUUCCAAAUCUCUAGGCUUUCUGUGGGGAAAUAUUAAGAAACCAAGUUUGGAAUACUUGAACUGAAAUUGUUUUAUAUGAAUAUAGCAUUAAAAAUCAUUACUU